AUGUAUCUGCCUAUGAGGGAAUGCAGAAACCCUCGCUUAAUCGUCAGAAUCAGGCGUGUGGUGAAGCAGCAGCUUUGGAGGAUCCGCUACCUUCUACGGUGGGAGGGGGAAGACGUGGAUUGUAAUAGCAUCAGCAGUGUUGCCGAAGGGGAAAAUGUGAUGAUCAAAGGAUAUUUUUCAGUGCUAGCAAUGGGCAAUGGAGAGCCUAAGAAGUUCUUGGUUGCAUUGAAUUAUCUAGCAUAUCCUCCAUUUGUCAAGUUAUUAGAAGCAGCAGAACAAGAGUUCGGGUUCGAUCAACAGGGUGUUCUAGCCGUACCUUGUGAAGCAAGUGAGCUCCAAAGAAUCCUAUCGGGUAAAGUAAACUAUGAUUGA